CAAGUUUGAGUCGCUGUGUGGAACCCAGUAGCCAAGCGAAGGCGUAUCAGAAAGGUACACAGUCGCGUUCACAGGAAAAGCCGAAAUUAAAUUAGAGCUUUUGCUUAAAAUAGAGUUCAAAACUCUGAAAUAAACCAAACGCUACUGGAAUAGUGCGCUGGGACAACUGGGAAGGCUUGAAGAGGACACGAGGCCCUGUGGAAAAGGCAGAGAGAUGAAGAAGAAGCUGCUGCUGUUGAUUGUGCUGUUUGGGUUCAUUACCAUCUGCACAGGAGAGGAAGAGGAAGAAGGAGAGGAGCUGAGUAAAGACGGUGAUAUUGACACUGGAGAUGAUGACGACGACGAUGACGAUGAUGACGACAUUGACAGCACAGAGGUCAAAGAAGAAAAUGGCGUGCUGGUUCUCACUGAUGCCAACUUUGACACGUUUAUAGAGGAUAAAGACACAGUGCUGGUGGAAUUCUAUGCACCGUGGUGUGGCCACUGCAAGCAGUUUGCACCAGAGUAUGAGAAAAUCGCUCAGACACUCAAGGAAAACGAUCCUCCGAUCCCUGUAGCUAAAGUAGAUGCCACUGUGGCUAAUGCACUUGCCAGCAAAUUUGAAGUGUCUGGAUAUCCUACUAUCAAAAUUUUGAAAAAGGGAGUGGCGGUAGACUAUGAUGGAGCGCGGACCGAAAAUGCUAUUGUCGAGCGCGUUAAAGAAGUUGCACAGCCGGACUGGAAACCUCCUCCAGAGGCCACACUGGUGCUGACAAAGGACAACUUUGAUGAUGUGGUUAAUAAUGCUGACAUCAUUCUGGUGGAGUUUUAUGCCCCCUGGUGUGGUCACUGUAAAAGACUCGCUCCUGAGUAUGAGAAGGCUGCUAAGGAACUCAGCACUCGAACUCCUCCUAUACAACUGGCUAAAGUCGAUGCCACUGCAGAGAGUGAUCUCGCCACCCGGUUUGAUGUGACCGGAUAUCCAACACUCAAAAUCUUUAGGAAGGGGAAAGUGUUUGACUACAACGGACCACGGGAGCAACAUGGUAUUGUUGAUUACAUGAGCGAGCAAGCGGGACCUCCGUCCAAGCAGGUGCAGGCCUUGAAACAAAUUCAGGAACUGGUGAAAGAUGGAGAUGAUGCUGUGAUCGUCGGCGUGUUCUCCAGCGAAGACGAUGCUGCCUACGAGAUCUAUCAAGAAGCAUGCAACACCCUCAGAGAUGACUACAAGUUCCGCCACACUUUCACUAAUGAAAUCGCUAAGUUCCUGAAGGCCUCACCCGCCCAGGUCGUCAUGCUUCAGCCGGAGAAGUUCAGGUCGAAAUAUGAGCCUUCGUCUCAUACCUUCAACAUCAAAGAUUCCACAUCUGCUUCAGAGGUUCAAGAGUUCUUUCAGAAACACACACUGCCAUUAGUGGGACACAGAAAACAGAGCAAUGCUGAGAAGCGCUACUCCAAACGUCCGCUGGUGGUUGUGUAUUACGGUGUCGACUUCAGUUUUGAUUAUAGAGUUGCCACACAGUACUGGAGGAGCAAAGUUUUGGAGGUGGCAAAGGACUUCCCGGAGUACACAUUUGCUAUCGCAGAUGAGGAAGACUAUGCUGACGAGCUGAAGAGCCUCGGCCUCAGCGACAGCGGCGAGGAAGUGAACGUCGGCAUUCUUGGUGAAGAAGGGAAGAAGUAUCCGAUGGAGCCAGAGGAGUUUGACUCUGACGUGCUUCGGGAAUUUGUUCUCGCCUUUAAAAAAGGUAAACUGAAGCCCAUUGUCAAAUCACAGCCCGUUCCCAAGAACAACAAGGGACCUGUGAAGGUUGUCGUUGGGAAAACCUUUGAUGAAAUCGUCAUGGAUACCAAGAAGGAUGUCCUGAUCGAGUUCUAUGCGCCAUGGUGUGGUCACUGCAAGAAGAUGGAGCCUGAAUACCUGUCUCUUGCAAAGAAGUACAAAAAUGAGAAGAAUCUUGUGAUUGCCAAAAUGGAUGCCACGGCCAACGAUGUGCCUCACGGCGCCUACAAAGUGGAAGGAUUUCCUACGAUAUACUUUGCCCCGAGCAGCAAGAAACAGAAUCCCAUUCAAUUUUCAGGUGGUGAAAGAAAUUUGGAGAGUUUAAGCAAAUUUGUAGAAGAACAUGCAACAAAAUUAUCACACAAGAAAGACGAACUCUAAGUAAAGAAAUCUGAUAAAAUGCAGCCUGUAGGUGUCUGACCUGAUCUAGCAGUAACAAUUGUUUCUGAAAGCAGAAAUAUCUGUUCAUUCCAAAGCACUGUUUAUUCUUUUCAAAAUCUUUUUAAAUAAAAACAUUGGAAAAGGGGAAA